AAGAGGAGUGUGAAUAAUUAUUCAGGUGGAGCUGUGGGCAAACUGUGGCAAUUGUUUUGACUACAAUACGCACAUGGGUUAUGUCAACAAAGCGGACAGAAUGGUAGACAGUUAUAGCAUCAGUCGUCGGACCUGGAAAUGGACAAAUAAACUAUUUUUCCAUAUCCUGGAUCUGACGAUUCUGAACAGUUUCAUCCUGUUGUCAUCCUGUGGCGCGAAAUUGUCACACAGAGAAUUUCAUCUCGCCCUUGUGCGCAACAUGCUGGGACAUGCUGCAAGGGGUCCACCUCGCCCUCAAAGGUUCAUGGGUCGACCUCCUGCUGUGUUAUCUGCGAUAUCUCGAUUAGAGGAGGCCAUUGGACAUCACUGGCCGACUUCCUCUAAUAAGAGACUGAGGUGUCGUGUGUGCUCUUUGCAUGGGAAAUGGAGUCCAGACAAAGUGCACCAAGUGCGACAUCGGACUCUGCAUUUCCGGAUGUUUCCAACGAUACCACACGAAGGCAAAAUUCAGUUAGAUGACGCAGGAGGGAAGACUGUGUACUUACAAAGCUGCUGUCCAAAAAUAAUUCAUACUCUCGGCUCUGGGUUGUGA